AUGAGCGAUUCUCCGGUGCUCAGCCGCUUCGCGCACCUUGCUAAUCUCGAGCAACUGCAAAGGCUCCUACGUUCGCAUCGAGCAACCAUCUUCUCUGCAGCCGGCGCUGCAGUACUGCUUUCUUUCGCGAUUCGAGAUUACCAUCUGUACCUUAGUUACGGACCGGGCGGCCUGCCGUACAAUGCUUUUGGUUGGCUAUUAGCCAAUACACUACGAGUGUUUUCUCGCGAGCAGCUCUCGCCCAAGCCCUACGAUGACAAGAAGCUACCCUUCGCGGACGAAUCCGGCUAUCUCCCCACAGAGUUCCCACCAAAGCGAGAGUCUCCACGGCCGAAGCUAGGAAGUCAUCCUGUUCCACAGAGGCAGCUCGAGCAACUACCGAGCGCCGACGUGCGCCAGGAGCUCAUAGAUCGCUUUAAGCAGCUGGGCAGAGACGCCACGGAGAAGGGACUUGUCGAAGUCAAGCAGAGUCUCUACGAACGCCAGCACAAGGCACUCUUUGUAUCGAGUGCGCGUCACCAGCACGCGGUGGCCCAGCAAACGCGCGGUGAAAUCUCUCACGUUCAUGCCGGACUGGAUGGAAGCGUCCAUGUCGUGCUGCACCCAGUCGACUGCAAGAUCAUCCUGGAACGAGGAUGGGGCCAGCGCCAUGCGUUCUCGGGAGCGGACCUGAAUCCAGUACUUCCUGUCAACAUCCCGAUCAACUACCUGCUCAGCUAA